UUUUUUUUUUUUUUUGUAUUUAUAAAAUAUUGUGUUAACAACUUUUUAUUUAUUGUUUACCACAUAUAAUUUAUUUAUUUAUUUAUUAAUUUAUUUAAACCUUUUCUUAUAAUUUUUUUUAUUUAUAAAAAAAUUUUAACAUAUUAAAAAAAAAAAAGAUCACUCGUGUAAUCACAAUCAAUCAAUCAAUCAAUCAAUUAAAUAAAUAUAUAUAAAAAAUGGCUGAAGGUGUUUCAAUCGCUACAGGUUUAAAUCCAUUAACAGAUCCAAUUGCUCUUUUUAUUGUACAAGUUCUAUUAAUUGUAAUUAUAUCUAGACUUUUAGCAUGGGGUUUAAGUUAUUUAAAACAACCAAUGGUAAUUUCAGAGGUUAUUACUGGUAUUAUUUUGGGUCCAUCAGUUUUAGGCCAAGCUAAAGUUUUUUCACUUAAUGUAUUUCCAACAGCUGCUCCACCAAGUGUAGGCACAUUAAACGUAUUUGCUAAUAUUGGUUUAAUCUUUUUCAUGUUCAUGGUUGGCUUAGAAGUUGAUAUUUCAAUUUUAAGAACUAACUUGAAGGCAUCAUUGAUUAUUUCAUUAACCUCUAUCAUCGUUCCAUUUGGUAUGGGUGUAGGUUUAGCUGCUUUAUUACAUCAUUACAUGCCCUUCAAUAUCGAUGCUUCACACGAAUAUCAAGAUGUUAAUUUAGGCCUUUUCUGUAUAUUUGUUGGUGUUGCCAUUUCAAUUACUGCUUUCCCUGUAUUAGCUCGUAUUUUAACCGAACGUAAUUUAAUGCAAUCAAGAGUCGGUAUUAGUGCUAUUGCCGCUGCUUCAGUUGAUGAUGUCAUCGCUUGGAUUUUAUUAGCUGUUGUCGUCUCAUGGGGUAACAAUGUUAAAACUGGUAAUGAGGGGGGUGCCAAUUUAGGUGCACUUUGGACCUUUUUAAUGUUAAUCGGUUUUGUAGUAUUCAUUGGUACAGUUGUUAGAUUUGGUUUAGAUUAUUUAUAUAAAAAAUUAGUUAAAAACGAAUCAUCCAAACAUAAUUUCUUAGUUUUUACUUUAUGUUUAUGUUUAGCAUCAGCUUUUUAUACUCAAGUAAUUGGUGUCCAUGCUAUUUUUGGUGCUUUCUUAUUAGGUAUUGCAACUCCUCGUUAUGAUGGUUUCCAUAUCCAUUGUACUGAACGUAUUGAAGAUAUGGUUGGUAUCAUUCUUUUACCAUUAUACUUUACCUACUCUGGUCUUAGAACUUCAUUAGAGUCAAUUAACAGUGGUACUGCUGGUGGUUUAACCCUUUUCAUUAUUUUCGUUGCCUGUUUAGGUAAAUUUGGUGGUGCCACUCUUGCCUCAAGAUUCACAAAGAAAUCAUGGAGAGAAUCAUGUACUAUUGGUGUCUUAAUGAACACCAAAGGUCUUGUCGAACUUAUUGUAUUAAAUAUUGGUUUAGAUAUUGGUGUCUUAGAUCAAACUACCUUUACCAUGUUUGUUAUUAUGGCUUUAGUCACCACAUUCAUGACUACCCCAAUCGUUCAUUUCAUCUGGACAAAAUGGGAAGAAAAACAAGCUCGUAUUCCAAUGGUUCCAAGAGAAAAAGGUUUCUUCAACAUCCUUUUAUAUGUUUCAACCAAUAGAGUUGCCACCGCAAUGACUCAUAUUGCUGCUGCCAUUACCCCUUCAACUGAAGAUUCAAAGAAGAAAUAUCAAGUUAAAUCCCUCUUCCUUAACUCCACCAGUAACAGAUAUUCAUCUUAUUUCUAUUCAAGCAAUAACAUUAACAAUCUUCCACCUCAAAAGAAAGAAAUCUAUAGAUCACUCCAAUCCGAAUCAAACGAAGUUGGUGUUAAAUUCAAACCACUCUUUGUCAAUGCUACCGAUGCUGCUGAAGGUGUAACUACUAUUGCUAAAAGACAAUGGCCAGAUGUUGUAUUAUUAGGUUAUUCUGAUCGUGGUGACGAUCAAACUGUCGAUGAAAGCCAUCAUGCAGGUACUGAAACCUUCUAUUCUAAACUCAUCAUCAAAACUUUACAAACUGUUAAAAGUUGUGUUUGUGUAUUUGUCGAUAAAGGUUUGGAAAGAUUCCAUGUACAACAUAAUCUCUUAUUCGCUUAUUCUGGUGAAGAUUUCGAAAAUGAUGCUCUUACCAUUGUUAUGAAGAUGUCAAGACGUUCAAACAUUAAAGUUACUGUUUUAACCAACGCCACUAAAACCCUUUUACAAAAACUUGAAGCCAAACAUAUUAAAUCAGAAAACUAUACUAUUGUCGAGACUCACAACCCAUAUCAAGAUUUAUUAAGCAAAUCAUCCGAAGAUCAAAAUGAUUUCUGGAUGAUAGUUACUGCUGUUCAAAGAGAAGACGCCACCAAACAAGAAAGAUUAAUCAACACCACUAAAAUAUCUUUAUUAUUAGUCCACCCAUCAAAUACUUUAUUAGAUCCAUCAUUAAAAACAAGUUCAAGCUUUGCAAAUCUUGAAAGACUUGGUGGUAAUUUAGGUCAAGAUGAUAUUGCACCAAUUAUUGAUGAAGAAUAUGAUGAUAAAAUUGGUAUUGAAAUGCAAUAAUAAUAAUAAUAUAAUAAUACAACAAUAUUUAAAUUUUAAUCAUAAUAAAAGGAAGAAAAAAAUAAUUUUAAUUUGUAUAACAUAUUGUUAUAUAAUUAAAAAAAAUAUUUUUUAACCAU